UAACAGUGUAAAGACAUGGGAAAGCCAAAGAAGAAGAACGAUGCUAGUCGAGCGGAGCUGAUGAUGAUGACCAUCGCGGACGUCAUCAAGCAGCUGGUAGAGGCUCACGAGGAGGGGAGAGACAUCAACCUCAACAAAAUUGAAAACAAGACAUCGGCUAAGUAUGGUCUAGAGAAUCAGCCUCGUCUGGUGGACAUCAUAGCUGCUGUUUCCACCCAGUACCGUCGAGCUCUGGUGCCCAAACUGAAGGCUAAACCUAUCCGCACUGCCAGUGGGAUUGCAGUUGUCGCUGUGAUGUGGAAACCUCACAGAUGUCCUCAUAUCAACUUCACUGGCAACAUCUGUGUUGUAGGUGGCUUUACAUUUUACUGUCCUGGGGGUCCAGAUUCCGACUUUGAGUAUUCCACACAGUCUUACACUGGCUAUGAGCCGACAUCCAUGAGAGCCAUCAGAGCCCGAUAUGACCCCUACCUCCAGACCAGACAUCGAGUGGAACAGUUGAAGCAGUUGGGUCACAGUGUGGACAAAGUAGAGUUCAUAGUUAUGGGUGGGACUUUCAUGGCUCUUGCUGAGGAGUACAGAGACUACUUCAUCAGGAAUCUCCACGACGCGCUCUCCGGACACACUUCCAACAAUGUGUCAGAGGCUGUCAGGUAUUCAGAGCGCAGUAAUACUAAAUGCGUGGGGAUCACCAUAGAGACGCGUCCGGACUACUGUCUGAAGCGACAUUUGAGUGACAUGUUGAGUUACGGCUGCACGCGGCUGGAGAUCGGGGUCCAGAGUGUGUACGAGGAUGUGGCCAGAGACACAAACAGAGGUCAUACAGUGAAGGCCGUGUGUGAGUCCUUCCAUUUGGCCAAAGACGCUGGAUUCAAAGUCGUGGCCCAUAUGAUGCCCGACCUGCCCAACGUGGGAAUGGAACGAGACAUUGAACAGUUUAUUGAGUUUUUCGAGAACCCAGCAUUUAGACCAGACGGGUUGAAGUUGUACCCGACACUGGUGAUCCGCGGGACAGGUCUGUAUGAGCUCUGGAAAACGGGACGAUACAAGAGCUACACCCCCAGCGCUCUGGUCGACCUGGUGGCCCGAAUCCUGGCCUUGGUCCCCCCCUGGACCAGAGUCUACAGAGUGCAGAGGGAUAUCCCCAUGCCGUUGGUGAGCUCUGGGGUGGAACAUGGUAAUCUGAGAGAGCUGGCCUUGGCUCGGAUGAAGGACUUGGGCACUGAGUGUCGAGAUGUUCGUACCAGAGAAGUGGGCAUUCAGGAGAUUCACCACAAAGUCAGGCCUUAUCAGGUGGAGCUGGUGAGGAGGGACUACGUGGCCAAUGGCGGCUGGGAGACCUUCCUGUCCUAUGAGGAUCCGGAGCAGGACAUAUUGAUCGGAUUGCUGCGGUUACGGCGUUGUUCUCCUCAGACGUUCAGGCCAGAGCUCAAAGGAGGCGUGUCCAUCGUCAGAGAGCUGCAUGUGUAUGGCAGCGUGGUCCCGGUCAGCAGCCGAGACCCUAGCAAGUUCCAGCAUCAGGGUUUUGGGAUGAUGCUGAUGGAAGAGGCGGAGAGGAUUGCCAGAGAUGAACAUGGCUCCAAUAAACUAGCUGUCAUUUCAGGUGUCGGCACAAGAAACUACUACAGGAAGAUGGGCUACAAGCUGCAGGGCCCUUAUAUGGUCAAGGAUCUUUAUGGAGCAGAGACGGAGUGAAUGAAUAAUAAUCAUUUUAUUUAUUUGGACUGGAUUCAUCAUGGGACAUUAUUCACACUGCAUUGGAUAGUGGUCAUAAAAGGCUGUUGGUUGGACUCUAUGGGGCAUGACGAUAAUGCUGUGUGGUUUUAUUUUAGGAAGUGCAUCAGAUUUUAUGUGGGACAUGAUGGACAAAGACAGAAUAGGGAUGUGUACGCCGCCAUGUUUUUAAGAGUAGCCUAAACAGGUUUUUGCGUCAUUCAUGAAAGGUUUCAGAAAAAAGCAAAAAUAUGCCUCAGUGCCUUGGUUCUUUGUGAAUGAUUCCACCAGAGUUGUACAGUAAAAGGAAAAGAGAGUUUAUUGCAAAAACUGUUGAUGCAUUUAUAUUUUUUUCUAAAGAUCAGAGCCGACUUAAAGGUGCUGUAUGUAACUUUUCAAAUGUGGGGGUGUGCUACCUCUUUGUCUCAUGAAGAUGUUAUUACUCUGCCUGAAAUUUUGUUCAGUAUGGCAUUAUUAUACCUCUCUAUCUUGCAUUUACUCAGUUACAGGUGUAGCAUGUGGUGGACCCUACUCUAGAAAGGUUACGCAGUGCACCUUUAAAAGUAAAUGUCAUUUUUAUGCUAGUAGCCUAUAGCAACCACCAUAAAAUUAUAUAGACUUAGCACCACUAGGAUUAAAGCACCAACCUACAGUUUAGUGGGUGAGCUGGUUUUGAAAUGUGUUGUAGUAUUUUUAAAUGUCUCUUUUUUGUUUUAUAUUGUAUCUCUGACUAACUUCAAACAUUGGUCUAUGUACAGUUCUGAAAUGGAUCAAAUUUAACAUUGGCAGGGCACUGGGGUCACUUAUUCAAAACACAAUGAACACAUAAAUAAAGCUGUUGAUUUAUGUUUUAGUUAUAGGUUUAGGUAUAAAAGUUGGUUUUAAAUUAUAUUAGUUCGCAUCAGCGUCACCAAAGUCUUCAAAGAUGUCAGUUUAUUGAUGACUGAUGACUGUCCUCAAUAGGCAGUCGUUGUGUAAUCACUUUAUAAGCCUGGAAAUUAAAUAUUACAUAAUUUGCUUUUUCAAGGCUGAUCCUGUUAAUCCUGUUUAUUUUCUUUUGUCAGUUCUGGUACAUUCUUGUCUUUUAUAAUAAAUAAACGAUACUGGGAGUA